AGGUCUCAGUUCGCUUUUAUACGUCGCGCAGUAAACUUGUUUGCGUUCACGUGCAAUUUACGUACAAAGUUUCUUAUCGUUUAAACGGCUGUGUUUAAGAAUUAGUCGUAAAAACGUUGAUAUUUUUUUUAAAUAAGAGAUUAUCCCAAUUAUAAAAAGGAGAAAAAGUCAUUUUUACACAAUGGUUUACGAUUGUGGAUCGUGUUUAGCAAAGUAUAUCCUAUGUUUAUUCAACUUUGCAUUUUUCAUCGCGGGAUCUGUAGUUUUAUCCGUUGGAGUUUGGCUCGCUGUGGAUAAAAGUUCUUUUAUUGGACUACUUAAGGCUGUCCCGAACGAACAUUUACCGCAAUUUACACAACCUGCAGUCAUCGAACAAGCUUCUUACAUCUUAAUAGUAGCUGGAGCUUUUAUGUUUUUGGUCAGUUUCCUGGGGUAUUGUGGCGCUUUAAGAGAAUCUAGAUGUUUGUUAACAACGUACGGAAUUUGUUUAUUACUCAUUCUAAUACUUGAAAUAACAGCCGGGGGAUUAGCGGCUGCUUACAGAGGAAAGGCUGAAAUUGAAACGAGAAACUUCUUAAAAACGACAAUAAAGAAGUAUUCCAUCGAAAAAUACACCGCUGCGUCGGAAGAAUCGAAUGCGAUCACUUUAAUGUGGAACCAUUUUCAGGCUCAAUUAAAAUGUUGUGGGGUUGAUAACUACAAAGAUUUUAAUACAACGAAUAGUGAUAAGAAGAUCCCGAUUUCUUGUUGCGUUUUGGAAGGUGAUAAAUCCCUUUUUAAGCCAAUGGACCCAUCGUGCACUUCAAAUCCAACCGAAUCAAAUUCUUAUUUCUUAAAAGGUUGUUAUGAUGUUCUUCUUGAUUGGAUUUUAGCACAUAUUAAUGUUGUUAUUGGGGUAGGAAUAGGGUUAGGUGUCGCUCAGUUGUUAUGUAUUUUCUUUGCUUUUUGUCUUACAAAAUCUCUUAAUUCUUAUGGGAAAUAAAGAAUGUUAAUAAAGAUGGGUUUUUAGUUGAAAAGCAAGAUUUUUGUUGGUGAUUAAGCUUCAAAGUUCAUUAAAACCAUUCCAAUUUUUUUUGAUUUUGAUUAUCAACAAGGUCUUGUUUAACUAAAGAAGUAAAUCUAGUCUUUGGUAGUUUUAUACUUGUGAAAAAAUAUAUAAAUGGUAUUAAAAAUAUUGGAAAAAAAACCGUGCCUUUUUUUUGGAUAAUUUUUACUCAGAGUUUGUUAAUUAUUAUUAAUUAAAUACUUUAUAAAAAGUUGUAAAUAAUUUCUUUUCGUUUAUAAUCAAUAAACGAUCAUGUUGCAUGAUUUAAAUUUGUUAA